AGAAACAAUUUAGUUUUUCGUCUUUCCAUUCGUCUUCCAUUGGUGUUAGAAAAUAUUCACUUAGCACAAUGGCGUCGGGUGGUCCAGAACCCCAGCUCGUAGAUCUGUCUUCCCUACCUAUCCAGGCCUUGGGACAGAUGCAGCAACAGGUUGAUCAAGAAAUCGAGCUUCUGACCAACUCCAUGACCAGCUUGAAAGUAGUUCAACGGAGAUUCGAGGAGUCGAGAGAAAGUGUAGCCAAGGUCGCGGAGCGUCCUGUUGAUAAUGAAAUGCUUCUUCCGUUAACAUCAUCUCUGUACGUCCCAGCCAAAUUAAAGGACACAGACAGCUUACUUCUUGAUGUCGGCACCGGAUUCUUCAUCGAGUCUAGUGCAGAGAAAGCGGAAGAUUACUUCAAGCGCCGCGUGGACAAACUGACUAAACAGCUUGAAGACUUGCAGUCAGGCCUAGUGGAAAAGUCUAAGCUACGGUCAGUUGUGCUAGAGGUUCUGCAGAUGAAGAUCCAGGCACAAAGUCAAUCCCAAGGACCCGCAACAUCAUAGCAGUCGUAUUUCCUAUUCUAUGUCAUCUUCUUUUUUUUAUCAUAGCCUAUUCUCCGUUUGCUCCUCCAACUAUUGCUCAGUGGGCAUUUUUAAUUGGGUAGCACACGUCCGGUCGGCGAGCAGAACCAGUGGCAACGCAAUCUCUCAGCUAGAUACAUACACUGUAGAUCCUCCACUCUUGACGAUGCCUUCUUAUAGCCAUUGAACUACUGUUGAUGUACAGUGAGUGGAUGUGCACUUUAUGAUCAUGCCGUGUACAGACAAUCUCAAUUAGGCCCAUCCUGGCGAGUUCUAAAGUAUUGCAGGCUGAGCUGUUCCCAAGCCAGUUUCUGCUCUCUUUUUUUGCUUCCUGGAGAAAUUCGAUUAUGGCUAUUUCUGAUGCUUGUGAUGAAGUCGUUAGACAUCAAAUUGUCAAAUUGGCAUCAAAUGAGUUGGUAUUUGAUUCUAACAAGACGCGAUGUGGAUACUUGCUACGGUUUUCGA